CACUCCUGGUCUGCAAACAGCUGAACAACUUCGCAGGAGAGUGAGGACUGACUGAGCACAAUACAGCACAGAGAGGGAGAGAGAGAGAGAGAGACACUGAGGAACAACGCUGCAGCCAAGGAGACCACAGAAACACUCUUCCCCCAAAUCCCCAACUCUGCAGAGGCAGCGCGGAGAAAGAAGCAGCAGAGACUAACAAAAGCAUUCUUGGCUUUCAGUUUUAAAAGAAGAAGGAAAAAUAACAAUACGUGGGGCGAGAUCAUUUACUCUGAGAUACAAAUUCAAGGAGAAAGGCGUGACAGCCUCAGGAUUGUCAUCAGCAACAUCUCCUGGUACAAAGUGAGGGAUCGGAGCGCUGCGCUGCAUGAAGGAUAAACCCAUCUGGGAGAAGAAGCGAGCAGAAACAGGAUGAGAGCGACUCUGAGGAUCACGUGGCUGCUACUUUCACUCAGUUUCCUAUUUUACAGUGUUUGUUUGGGGGAGGAUGGUGCUCCUGUGACGAUCGGGACUCCUGACCCUGCUGCUGGUGCCACGCCUGCGACAACUGUUGCUGCUACCACGGCCAGAGUUGAGGUAUCGACUGCAAACAAGCCUCAGAAUGACGGAACUUCCAAAGCCCCAACUGAAGUACCAACGACUACUGGUGUCAAAGAGAAGAAUGACCCUACACAAAAACCUACAACUGUUGUUGUGACCACCUUAGCUGCUAUUGUAACCACUCCUGUGGCUAAAACAGAUUCCACUCAGCCUCAAGCAACAACUGUCACAAACAACACACCGGCAAAACCAAACACUCCUGGAAACCCUCCUCCUGCGAACGGUGUCACUACUCCUAUUGUUCCUACCAACGUCCCACCCAAGACCGUGAAUCCAGCAACUGAGAGCAACCACGGCUCUGGGGUGACCACCAGGGCUACCACAGUACAGAUCACUACAGUGUCCAUACCCACUAAAGUCUCUGAAGCACCUGGCAGCCUCCCAGGGACUUCUGUCACUGUGGAGUCUUCCAAGAACACAGUGGUCCCAACAGAUGCUACUACAGUAAAACAAGUGUCCAAGCCUCACAUCUCCAUCACUUCAACAAUGAGCCAGGGGGACAGCACUGGAGCAGUUACCACGAAAGAAUCUAAAAAAAAUCAGGAGCUGACAUCACUGAAGCCCACACAGCUCCCUGGGAGCAUAGAGACAACCAGCAUCCCCUCCAGCCAGAGCCAGACCAGAGCUUCUACAGUAGGGACUGUAGGUAGUAGAGAUGCUACCACCCCUCUGCAAACCACCACUGCAGCUACCACCACAAAUCCAACCAGCACCACUCCACCUCAGCCAAAGAAGUUUGUUUACUCUCUACUCAGUGAGCAGGAGACGAAGGAAGAAAAGGAUCUGGCCAAGGUGUGCAAGCUGCUGAUGGCAAACUGGCAAAAUGGAACCUGCACUCUGACAUACAGGCACGACAACGGCAAAAAAAUAUUUGACAGCGUGGAGAUAAACGGCAAAGUGCCGACCAGCGUCGCAGCGCAGUAUUAUGAAGAAAUCACCAAGGAACCAACAGAUAACAAAACCCUGAUAGCCAUCCUGGCCUCCUGUGGAGCUCUGCUCAUCAUGAUCGUCAUCCUUGCUGUCUGUGCCUCCCACCACCGCAAGCCCUACAACGAGAACCAGCAACACCUGACGGAGGAGCUGCACACGGUGGAGAAUGGUUACCACGACAACCCCACGCUGGAGGUGAUGGAGGUGCAGCCGGAGAUGCAGGAGAAGAAGGUGGCGCUGAACGGAGAGUUCAACGACAGCUGGAUCGUCCCCAUCGACAACCUGCUGAAGGAGGACAUCCCCGACGAGGAGGACACCCACCUGUAAGGACGGCGGGGACAGAGAAGAAGAAGAGGAUGGUGACAGGACCGGCCACGACAAAACUAAUCAAACGAUCUCCACACUCGACCCUGGGAGCACGUCCCUGCAGCCACCUAGACUGUCUCAUGUAUAGAAAUACAUCCUACAGAAUGCUGGUGUUUCUGACCUGCUCUGAUGGAUGUAUUUCUGCUGCAGUUUGAUACAGCAGUAAAACCUGACACAGUGGCCUGCUUAGAAAAACCACUAAACCAAUCACUGUUGUGUUUAUACUGUAGUUUUUAUACAAAUCUUUGACAUGUGACUUCUUGCAGAGCACAAUUCCAAAUUUUUAAUAUCACUUAUUACACUUAUGUAAACUCCCAAACCCAGAGAGGACUGUGCCUUUUCUUUUACUGCACUGGCACCUGUAAAUAGAGUAUUUUUAUAUUAUUAUAAAGUAAUAAAGGAGCUAGGUGAUGUUGCAAACUUAUCGCUUUGCGUCAUUUUGGGGUGGAACAGAGGUAACGGAAACAUCAGCUGCCUCGGUAGCUCUAAACUUACUAACGUAGACAGAUGACCUCAGGAUACUUUAAAGCAUCCUGGUGAUUUUCCACUAAUGUGUUUCAGCUCUGAGGAAGCUGCCAAUAAAAGUUAAAUAAAUCCCACACUGGUACAUGAACCUUAUUGAAAGAGAAGACAUGCCCAUAGAGAUGCUGCUGAUGAUAGAUGGGUCAACAGUAAUAAGCCAGAUGAGGGUUUUUAACCCAAAACACCACAUAUUGACUCUAAGGUCCCAGAGGGGACGGAUCUAUUUGUUGUGUCUGUUCCUCUUUGUUUAUUAAAGAUAUAUUCAUGGGAUUGUGGAGAAAAGGCUCCAUCAUUUGAAAAAGAUAUUUGCUUCUAUACUGGUAGAAAAAGGAGGAAAUUGUUCAGUAUUCUGAGAAAAAGAGAAGGCUGUUUCAUUGAAAUGACUCAUUGUGGAAAUUAGAGGGUAAUUAGGGCUUUAGUACAGCUUCAGUCCGAUUUUUGUGUUUUUUGCUGUCAUUACAAUCACUUAAAACGAAGUCGAACAGAAAAAGCAAAAAGCUUGAGCAAUCAGAUAAUCAGAUAGGUUCUAAUAAUAGAUUCUAUGUAAAAGAUGGACAUUAUCCUCGGCAACAUGGAAGAGUCUUAAACCUGCAUUCUUUGUAGCAACCAGCAGUAAAGUCCUUGUAUAGAGGUCUAUGAGAAAACAAGAACACUUCUCACUUGAUUUGUUACCUCAGUAAACACUGUCCUAAUGUGUUCAUGGUCUCAAUUACUAGUCUGCAGUCUCCUUCAAUACAGCAUGAUGUUCAUUUAGCAAAUUAUGGCCCCAUUUACAGUAAAAUAGAUGAUGAGGCAGGGUGUAUUUUAGGGCAAGUCUACAUUGUGUAGUUUUCAGUCAGAGCCACCCCUUGCUCAUUAACUUGUAGUUUCAAAAAAGCAAGAUUCAUUCCAAGCCCAGAGCUUUAAGAUGAUAGUCCACAAACCAAUGGGUGUCACUGUACGGUAAAUCACUGCACUGGGGGGUAAAUCUGAUAACAGUCUCCCACUGUGAAACUGUACACAAAAGUAUGGCUGGUACAAGAGGUCAUCGUUGAAAAAGAGACCCAUUGACCAGGGUUAGUUUGAGAGCACUGCUCAGGCAAAGAUGCCUCUACUACUUAGAGCUAGUUACAUUACAUAUACAGCACUCAAAAAUGGCACCUGCCUACUGAAAUGAAAAUUGUUCAUUGCUGUGUAAACCAAAUGUUUUCAAGCUUUCCAGUUUGUAUCUGCAUGGUGCAGUCCACUGCACAUGUGCAUCAGUGUUUACCCUGCUGACCUUCCCACAGCUUCUCAUCGAGACCCUAGACUUUACAUUGUGAUGGCAUCAUGAAAACAAGAAAAGCACUCUGAGCCCAGCACUCUACCAAGGAUGCUCAGUCGUCCGAUGGAUGAAAUCUUUAAACAAUUCAAGAUUUGUAGUAGGAUCACAGUCAUGUGAUCGUCAGCAGGCAGCUGAUGUAGUGUUCACUUGUUGUCAUAGUUACAGUGACGCCAUGAUAGUAUCUCACAAUGAUACAGAAAUCUUUAACAAAUCCGUGGAUGCAGACUAUAAGCUGCAUCACUGCCAAAAUCUAAACACUUGGCCCUUGUGUCAUUUCUGACCUUCCCUGAAAAUUUCAUCCAGAUCCACUAAUCCGUUUUUGAGCAAUGUUGCUAACAGACAGAUAAACCAACAGUGAUCAUCACACAUCUCUGCUGCGUUCCUUGGCGGAAUAAUAAAACAGACUUUUCCAAAUAUCAGAGUUUUUACAACCAAAUAAACCAGAUUUAUAAUAGAAACAAAAAUCUGGUUUAUUUGGGGUUAGUUUAAUACCUGUCUGGUGUCGGUUCAUCUUUUCUACUGUACAAUAUAAUCAUUACUGAUUGGAGAGACAGCAAAACUAUUAAAAUAACACCCCAGCGAGAAUCACCUCAAAUGAUCCUUUAACUAUUGUGACAUUAUUUUCUGAAGCUGGCACCAACAAACAUUUUACACUCUGACAGGUUGAGACUUUCCACCUGUUGUCCACUGUUACCAUGGAUACCAGUAAAAGCCUGCUCCUCAGUCAGCUCAACAUUCAUAUUAACACUGGACUGACGCUGACUGUGCUUUUUAGAGCUGAUAUCGUGUAAAUAGUUCUGUGUUGUUUCAUUGUGUCUGAUGCUGGAGGGGUCAUCUGACAUUUUCAAGAUGCUGGAUAAUAAAACCCUCACAGCAGGAUUUGAACACUUUAUGUUGUUUGUAAUUCUGUCUAAUCAUUUUCUUCCAUUUAAACCAAUUAAGACGUUAAUAUAUAUGUACUUCCACCUAUAUACAAGUGAAUCCAUCACAUUGGGCACUCCACUUCAACCUAUUCUUUCUUGUUUGUGUGCGUCUACUGUUUCACUUUUAUUAUAGUUGUGCCAUGUUCACCAAAGUACGUUACCAGUAUUUUAUGUAUUUAUGGUUUGUUUGCUGCUGAAGGCAGACAACAGGGGUCUGACACACUGGAAGCUGUAAAUUGUGGAUGGCUGCGGCCGUCGUGUUGUUGUAUCUGAUAAGAUUUGCAAAUAAAGGAAGUGUUUUUCCA